CAGGGCCUGGGGCCUCUGAGCUUCUUGGCCUGGUGCCAUGAGGCAUGGCCCUCAUGGAAACGGAAACGGUGGGCAAGGCAAAAGUUGUCCAUCACCCUUUUGUAGCUGGUGUGUGGCUCCUGCACUGUGGCACCCAUGCCAUCACUGGAUGACAUCACAAGGGAUUGAUGUCCCAUGUGUGUACGGUGCCCAGCAGGAUGCUCCUGGGCAGUGUGCUCAGCUCCUGGGAUCUCUGGGGAGCCUGGCCAGCACAAGGGGACAGCUGGCCUGGGCUGAGAGACAGCCUUGGUGGGGUGGGCAGUGUGGAGCCCAGGCUGUGGGUGCCCCCAGAGACCCCCUGCUGCUUUGUGAGUGCCUGGCUGAUAAGGGUGCCCGAGUCCCAUCUCCACAGGCAGCAUGGCAGGUCCAGGCAAGAUGUGGUGGACCAGAGCAUGUUUGAGAAUGCUAGCGCCAGCACGGCACCCACGCCACGGCCACAGCACAUCCCCACUGUGGUGGGCGCCCCGGCCCAGCCCUCCCGCCCUGCUGGCAGCCAGCACCUCCGCAACCUGGGCAAGGCUGUGGGGGCCAAAAUGAAUGACCUCCUGCGCCGCAAGGACCCAGCUGGCCUCCCCAGCAUGGGAGUGAUGGAGGUGAAUGCCAGUGCUGGGGCUGUGCUGUGCACGGGACAGCCAGCCAGCGAGGACGGGGCUUUGGGGCUGGAUGCUUUUCCCCGGCUGGACCCCCCGCCCCCUGUCACCAAGAAACGGACACCGCGUGCCCUAAAGACCCCUCAGGACAUGCUCAUUGCACCACAGCUGGAAGGGACCAGCCCAAGGAGCAGCACAGAGGAGACCCCUGAACCACCCACAGCCAACCCUGACCAUUCAGAGGAGCAGCUGGUGACGAGGGACCCAUCCUCUCCAGAAUGUCCUGGGGUGUCCAGCAUGAUGGGUACCCCAGGGCCCAGCGGGGACCAGCCCACCAGUGCCUUCCCCGUGCCCGACCUCAUCCAUAAGGGCAGCUUGGAGAGCCAGUGGCGAGUGGGUGAGAGGGCCACUGAGACCUCACCCCACACGGAGAAGCCCUCCCAGAGACCAGGGCUGGAGCAUGAGCUGACAGGGAACACGGCGCGGCCGGAGCCACAUACUGCUGGCUGGGAGGUGGAGGGGCCCCAUCCUGACCUACUGUCCUUUGAGUAGCAGCAGGGGAGCUGCGACAGGGGGACCGUGGGGGCUGGCUCUCCCAAACAUGUUUCUCACCACCACUUGCCAUUUUUGGGGUCAUUAUUUUGGAGAGAGAGGAGCCCCGGGGUGGCAGAAGCUGUUGUUGGCCCAGUGUGGGGUGUGGGGAGCCAUGACACCCUACUUUCCCCAAAUUCCCCAGCAGGGCACAGCAUGUCCCACCAUGGCUUCUGCAGCCCCAUCCCAGGCCUAUUCACCUGUCCUGUCACAGUGCCACCAUCCUGCCUGCAGCUAGGGGCCAUGCUGAGCUGGGCACCAAGCAUGGGCUUGCUCAACAGCCUGGUCGUCUUGCAUGGGUGCAGAAGGAUCAGCCUGCCCCCAACCCUGUCAGCUCUGCCAGUGUGAGCAUCCCACACUAUUCCCUACUUCUGCGCUGACUGCCCUGGUCCGGAGGAUUUUCUAGCUUAGGCCAUGUGUUUGCUGAGAUAGCCCAUCCCAGCAUGCCAGCAGGUUUGCCCAGCCCUAGCACCUGGUGCCAGGGAGCCAGGAUGGCAGAUGUGCCCACGACCUUCUCCAGGUCUGACCCCUCAGCAUUAGUCUGCCCAGUGCCAUCUCUCUGCAGCAGACCCCCAGCUGCAGGAGACCCACUCACAGCAUGGGCUCUGGUGAGGAGCAGGGCUGGACUCCUGGGGCUGCUGGUCAGUGGGCUCUGAUGGGGAGCAGAGCUCCCUGUGACACCUCCCUCCAGCUCCCUCUUGUUUCCUGAUCUCACCACAGACAGGCAGCCCACACCAUAUGGGCCAGCAUUGCUGCUCUUUAUUUCCUGGGAUGGCGACGUCUUUGCAAGACUGGGACACAAAGAAGCCAUGUGGUCUUCUGAUACUGCUCUGUGAUUGUUUCCCCAUGAAUUAUAGGAUUCGUGGCCUGUGCACCCCUGGGCCAGUGCAAGGAAGCAGCUGUGAGAUGGCACUUUUUGCUUAGAGUUUUUAUGUGAAUCCUCACUUCAAAGGUGGUUUUGAGCAGAAAAGCUCCAAAGAUCAGAUUAGAUCUGGAGAAGGCUGGGAGCUCAUGGUCGGGGCAGCUCUGUGCCUCUUCCUGGGCCACACAAGAUGGUUGGACUGAAGAAACGUCUUCCACCACCCAAAGCCAUGUUGCAGUCCUGGUGAAGGAAGGAGGCCAUGAGCAUGGAUCUCUUUGUCCUGGGAGCAGCCACCGUGGCUCCUUGCCUGUCGGGCAUGGGGGGUGCCAUGGCAGUGCCAGGUCUCUGCAGUGCUUGGCCCCUGGGAAGGACCUGCUCAAGAGCAGAGAGCCUGCGGCCCGCUGGCGGUCGGUGCUGAGGUAUAUAAACACACCCUGUGUAUAAUGUGAUUACACUGUGCAUGGGCGAUGCUGCCCCACAAAUCUAUAUGAAUGAGUAUGUAUAUGUGUGUGCUGCCUAGACCUACACUGCAUUGUAUACGUUGAUAGAAGCAAGGGCAUGUAGCCCCUCUUUGAGGAACCAGCAUCUUCCAACCCUGCCGAUCCCAAGGGAACCUUGCUGCUGGUCCAGUCCCUCUAUUUAUGUUGUCUAGGGUGUGUGUGUAGUUUGGACAAAAGAUGCAGAUUGCACAAUAAAUUUUUUUUUC